AAAGCUGAAGAACUCUCAACCUGUGCGCCCAGACAUCCUCUCUGACUCCACGCCCGCUCCAUUACCAUGCGCCCUAGAGCUUGCGCCCCAGCCACUGCUGGCUCUGCGCUCCUCCGGUCAGGGCUGCUACCUCUCUUGUUGCUGGCCACUUUAGCCUGGAUUGCCAGUGCUUCCAGGGCAGUGGCGGCUACAGAGCUUCGCUGCAAGUGUCUGAAGACUACACAAGGGAUUCAUCCCAAAAACAUAGCCAGUGUGGAGGUGAUCAGAGCAGGACCCCACUGUCCCAGACACGAAGUCAUAGCCACUCUGAGGAAGGGGAAUGAAAUUUGUCUCAACCCUGAAGCUCCUUGGGUGAUGAAAUUCAUCCAAAGAUAUAUGAACGAUGAGUCUGCACUUUGAUUUACUUAAGCGGAACUGAGACAAACCAGUGAAGUGAAGAUGCUCUAUAAGAAAAUUUGGAUUCCUUAGCAGAAAAACUUUCAAGGACGUAUUUUUUCAGAACAGGACAAAGAAUACGGGAAGAAAAUGGACAUUCUUCUGAGGGUGUGCUUCAGCCAGUCAGUCUGCUAGCCAUCACUCACUGAUUUAAGGUUCAUAAAGCAUUCACUUUAUAGACCCUGAACUUGGCAUUUUCAUUGCCUUAUUAUGAACUCGAUAUUGACUGUUUUAAAAGUUAUUUGAGCUAUUUAUUUUUAUAUGGCAUAUUACUCAUGUGUAGUGAAAUCUUUGGCAAUUGACCAACUCUUUAGAAGUCACCCCACUAAGUGGCACCUAGUAAUCUAAGAAUGCUUUAGGACUGUGUAAUCAAGGCAUCUCAAGAGUUAAAUAUAAGCAACAUACACUCCACAGCUUAGUAUAUGAAUAUGGGUGAGUUUUAAUACAAAAAUGAAACUAUAAUUAUUAGUAUAAGAGAGAUUAAAUGAAAGGCAGUCACUCCAACUGGCUCUGAAGAUAGAAAGAUUUUGCACUAGUCUCUUGCACAUUUAGUGAAGUUCAUAUUUCAGUCUGGAAAUAAUGCACAAGAAAACUGGGGUGUUGUACAUUUGUCUGUUAUCUGUUACUUAGAAUUUUGAAGGAUUUGAGUUUUAAAGAAAGGAAUGUAUACUUGCCACAUAAAUUUAGACAUGUGGUGUCUAUUUUAGUAUGGCAUAAUGCCAUUGCACAUGGAUCUUGUUAGAGAUUGAUUGAAUAGUAUUAGAAGCCGUGUUUACAUUGCUAGUCAUCAUAUAUACAUAUGUAUGCAUACAUAUGUAGAUGGAAAAGUGAAGAAGUUAAGGAACCAACUAAAUUCUUGUUUGUGGCUUUUAUAUACUUCCAUUUUUGCAGAUCUAUUUUAUAAAAAAAAAGUAUAUUUAGUCAGAAUCAAUAAUGUCUCCACAACAGUUUUGAGAGAUUACAAUAUAGUUGAACAAUUCUUCAUGUAGCUUUCCUUAAAAAUUAGAUGAACUACUACAUAGAGUUCUUGGGGGGGGGAAGAGUGUUUUAUGCUAUAAUGAACUGGUCAAAACUACUUCUUACCUUUUUUGUUAUAAGAAAUCAUUAUGCUACUAUUAUGCUGCAUAAGUACUUUUUUUCUUUUCCUGUUUAUUGUGCUUGUUUCAU